AUGAGGCUCUUGCCGGGCGUCUCUGCCACGCACGACUUCGAGCCACUGUUUGACGUCCUCGCGCUCGCGCUGUGCCUCUCCGACGACGCCGAGCUGCUCGACGGCGACGAGUGGGCAGCCGGCAGCACGAGCAGCGGCGGCGCCGCCGGGCGGAGCUGGAACGGCGACGACGACUUCCUCGCUUCUGCGCCGCAGCACCGCAAGCGCCGCCGCGCGGCUGCGGCGGCGGAGGUGGAGGACGGGCGCCGGGGCGGAGAGAGGGCGCCGCAGCGAGCCGGGGACUGGUCGGGGGCGGUGCGCGGCGCAGAGGUGCGGCACCUCUUCGCGCCCGCCGUGAGCGACGAGGCGCUUGGCGCGAUGGUGUCGCAGGCGGAGGCGGCGCCGCCCGUCGCCGUCUUUCCUCCCGACGAGACGGUCCCGAGGAUGGGCGAGCCCAGCGGACAGUGGCAGCCACGCCUGCUUCGCACGCUGCUCGCGCACGGCUCGCGCCGCUGGCGCUGCCCGCCUUGCGACGGCAAGUGCCCGUGCGGGCCGGCGGCGACCGCGGAGAUCCUCCGACCGCCAUCCCUCGUGGGGUGA